CAUUGAACAUGAGAAUGCAUUAAACGAGAUCGAAAAUAGUUCUAAUAACGAUAGUACUCCACUACCUGCAGUCUAAGUCCAAGUAUCCGGGUUGGUGGGAGUUCUCUGUAUCUAAGAUACGAAGCGGUUGUUCACAUUGGGAGUUCGACGUAGUUAAAUCAUGGAUUCACCUGCAUCCGUGUUCUUAGUUGACGAUACCGAGCUAGUAGCUAUGGACGCGUGUUUCACAGCUUUCGAUAAAGACGGUGAUGGCCGCCUGUCUUUGCCAGAAUUCACUUUGAUAUGCCGAGCAUUAUUCCGCAACGAUAAAGGACAUAUUUAUGAUGUGCCACAGGAACGAUUGGAACAAAUGUUUAAUGUUUUCGAUAAAAACGGGGACGGCUUCAUUGAUCGCGAAGAGUUCCAGUUCUGCUGGAAUCAAUGGAUUAAAACGAUUGUUCGACCAGUGAAUGCCUUUUUGAUUGUUGACGUUCAAAACGACUUCAUUAGUGGCUCCUUAAACAUCAGUAACUGCAGCGCACAACAUAAUGGCCUUGAGAUCAUUGAACCAAUCAACAACUUACUAGAAACAGUCGAUUUUGAUGCAGUAUUUUAUUCAUUGGAUUGGCAUCCGAGUGACCAUGUCUCCUUCAUUGAUAACGUAAAGAAGAGGCCACUUCAUGAAUCUACACCAGUAGAUGCAGAUUCCGCGCAGGUUUAUGAUACAGUGGUUUUCGCUGGUCCACCUCCAAUGAAGCAGCGACUAUGGCCAAGGCAUUGCGUACAAGAUUCCUGGGGAGCAGAACUGCAUAAGGAUCUUAAGGUUUUGGAGAGUGGCACGAAAGUUUAUAAAGGCACAAACCCUGAAGUAGACUCUUACUCUGUUUUUUGGGACAAUAAAAAACUCUCGGAUACAACACUGAAUGCGCAGCUAAAAAUGAAGGGCGCAACUGACAUAUAUGUUUGUGGAUUAGCGUAUGAUGUUUGCGUAGGAGCGACUGCUGUUGACGCCCUAUCAGCAGGGUAUCGUACGAUUUUGAUUGAUGACUGUUGCCGUGGAGUCGAUUUGCACGAUAUUGAGCACACCAAGGAAAAUGUCAUAUCAAGCCACGGGGUGAUCGUACAUUCAAAUGAAGUAAAAAGAAUGGUGGAAGGACGAGAUAGACGCCCUGAGCUAGGAUACAAACUGGCAAUGGAAUUGAAUAAUCCCAAUUCAGUUCUGUCUCAGCGGAAUAUUAUCAAACGCUCUCUAUAAAUAUAAAGCUGUUAAUAGGUGAAUGGUAGAAUAGCUUCUAAGGCUAAUAUUUUUGAAGUGCACCCCGGAUUUUAGACAUUAACUUUCCUUUCCUUUUUCCUUACUAAUUUAAAAGCGGUAAAAGAUAUAAUUUUGAGUGUAGGAAGUGUAAACUCACAAUAGAUACAAAAAGUUGAAAUAGAUUCAGUCUGAAGCUACUGCAAAAACAGGCUUAUUAGCAAACUGAAUUGUUGUAAUGGCGCCUGAUAUUUAAGAUACUAUGUUAGUAUUGACGGCCCUCUUUAUAUGCUGUACCAGUAUAGUAUAUUUUAAGGACAUAGCCUUAAGGAAAAACUGGUGAAAAAUAAAUCGCUUGCCUGGAACUUAUGUAUAGAGACAUCACUUGUUAGUCAAACGCAUACUAACCGCUGUUUAUUUUAGGGUAAUGUGGCUUGUACUUAAGAGGAAUAAAGUCGUUUAACCGAAAA